AAGGAAAAGAGGAGGAGUGGGAGGACGGAGAGACUGACCCCUUUUCCUCUCUCUCUCUCUCUCUCUCUCCCCGGAACAAUGGCAGAUGAGCAGAUGAUGCUUCUCUCAGUCUUUCAUCACUGCUGAGCUGAAUUACACACACACACACACACACACACACACACACGCACACACACGCUGCAGCUGCUGCACGGCUCGUUUCUGGGUUAUGGACACGCGAGUGUGUGUAUUUAUUUUUUCAUUGGAGAGAGCGAGAGAGAGAGCGAGAGAGAGAGAGAGAGAGAGAGAGAGAGCGUGGCAUUCUGGGAAGGAAUGAGAGGAAAUGAGAGAGAGAGGAGGAUGAUGGAGGGAUAGAAGACGCAGAGAGACGCAAUCCAAGCACCCGAUUUUGGUCGAGGUGAGAAGACACAGUUCAGAGGCAAAGCUGCUAAAUCUUCUUAAAUUUGGACCUUUAGCACUGUGAAAAGCUGAAACCUGAGGUGGAGAUGUCGGGCGUGUCCGAGCUGAGAGAGUGUGAUGAGGCCAGUGGGUCAGUAGAGGGCGACGCUGACGUGCUUUUGGAGGAAGACGAGGAGGAGGAUGAAGAGGAGGAGGACGAGACGGCGAGCAAUAAAGAGCUUUUAGAGAGACUCCGAGAGCUGGAGGCGGAGAACACAUCACUGGCUCUGGCGAAUGAGAGUCAGAGAGAGGCGUAUGAGCGAUGUUUAGAUGAGGUGGCGAAUCACGUGGUGCAGGCUCUGCUCAACCAGAAGGACCUGCGGGAGGAGUGUAUAAAGCUGAAGAUGCGAGUGUUUGAUCUGGAGCGACAGAACCGGACUCUGACUGACUUCCUGACACACAAACUGCACUUUUCCUCCUCACCUUUACACCAGUUGUCGUCAGUAUCGUGCGCAGAUCACAGAUCAGAUCCAUCGCUAAUCAUCGGCGAGACGCCGGACGCCAUCACCUCUCAGGGGAAAGUGACGGACAGUGAUGAAUGUGCACAAAACAUCACAGAAAGCUCGACUCAAGCUUCAUCAUCAUCAUCUUCCAUGGAGGCCAUGUCUCCAUUCCUCAAGAAGAAAGCACACAUCCUGGAGGUUCUUCGUAAGCUGGAGGAAUCGGAUCCCCUGAAGUUUCAUCCAUCCGCUUGCUAUCAUCAUCAUCAUCUUCCUCACACACAGUCGCCUUUACCAGGAGAGGUGACUAGCAUGGUGAACCUAAGUCCACAUCAACACCAGUGUAGACAGUCCAGUUCAGAUUCGGAUCUUCACGAACACACUCACGGUAACGUUGAGGGACAACAGGACAGUCGUGCAUCUUUAAACUUUGGAGGUUGUCCAUCUUGUCUUAUCCUGCAGCAUAGAUCAAGCUUGGAGUUGCUUAAGGGUAAUCAAGGACUCAGUGUGCCAUCAGCUUCUGGCAAAGAUGAUAAGAAAGGACAAAUGUGGUCAGAAGAACGUGGUGCUUCAGGACAGAGUACCGAAAAAGCGCUAAGUACAGACAAAACCAAUCAGCCUAGCUCAGAAGAUCCAAAGAAAGACUGCAAAAAAAGACAAUCAAGCAAGACUUCACCUACGAAAUCAAAAAGUACCAAUAAAUAUCACCAUGAUAAGAAAUCUGAAACUAUUCCAUCACCAAAGGGGGGGAAAAUGAAGGAGCCUCUCAAAGUUGCAACAACAUCUGAGAAUCAAGAGCCUGAGAUCUGCAAUGGAAAAUUCCCAACCUCUAAAGAAACUACAGUCUCCAAGAAAGCAUCAGUUGGAUCGUAUUCUUCAGCCUCAUUGCCCGAGAGAAGCACUUCAGCAUUUUCACAGCAGCAGGUCACAGAAAAAAAGUCAACGCAAAGUCCAGCAUCCUUGUUUGGUGAAUCCAAACCUUCAACAUCAACGCUCUUGAAGUUGCUCAAGAUACCUUCAGCAUCGGAGAACAAUGCAUUUCGCUUGAGUCCUCAACUGACACGAAACUCAAAAAUCCCAUGCAGGAAUAACUAUGAAAUGCAGACACGGAAGGCGACCACAACAGAACGAACUUGCUCUAAAACAGAUUCACAACCUGGCACCCAUUCAGCCCCGACAUCUCCACCAACUCCUGAGGAAACAUCAUCCAUUCCUAUAAAAGAUCCAGGGUUUAGUAGCCACUCUGCCCCUAAACUGAGCAAGGAUUCUAAAGCAGGUGCUCAGGUACCUCACUAUGAAAAUGUUGUUGGUCCUUCCACUUCAAAUUCCACCACAGCUACCAAGGACACCACAGAAGUUUCUGAAAAGCAAAAAAUGAACUGGAGAGAUGAAAAGGUCCUCAAUCCACUUUCCUCAGAUUCAUCAACGAGCACAAGUGACUCUUCUUCCUCCUCAUCAGAUCAGGACACAGACACAGAAAGUCCAGUUUGGCAAAGACCUCAGCACCAUUUCAGCCUCCCUAAUGCGUCAUCUUCGGCAAAUAAGGCCCAGAGGAUGAGCUACCCCAGCAUGAAAGAUGGAUAUCAUGAAAGAGGUCCUCCAGUUUCAUCUCCAAAGGGCGGAUCUUCUAGUGCGUCUCAGGUCGAGGUUAAAAGAAGAGACAGACAGCCAUCAGUGCAAGACAGGAGAGAAAUCAUCAGCAGCUAUAGUGAAACGAGUUAUCACCCAUUCAAAGAACGUUUGGCAGUCCUUGGACGACUGCAGAAUGUAGAAGAUAUGCAUCAACCAGGAGUAAAAAGGGGAGCACAAAUUAGUGUUAGCAGACCUGCUGCAUCCACUGGGAAAGGAGAAAGAAGCAAAACAGCAGACAGACAAAUCGAGAGAAUCGCAUUGGAACAGCGAAAACACACCGGCUCACUAGAAGGAAAAUCAUAUCCUAAAAAUAGCUUUGGCAAUUAUGCCAAGGUACACGCAUCAUCAUCAUCAUCAUCAUCAGCAGCAGCAGCAGCAGAAAGGAAGUACAUCACAAAGCCAGACAGUCAAAAGACCAGAGCAGGACUGCCAUCAACAGCCUCUUGUGAUACUCUUGUGGUAAUGCGAAGCUACGGGAAGUGUCCGAAUCCACUGAACAAAACAGUACCAAGUCCCCAAAGCAGCCCUACCAGAGGACAAUCCAAGUCUCCAUCCAAGGCUGGAAAUGCCUCUUCAUAUCCUCGAGGAAUGAAACCAGUUCAGGAAGAGCGUCUGAACCUUCAGAAGCAUCAGUCACCAAAACUCACAGCUGGGAAGAAAAAGACUUUUACACAUGUAGACACCUUCCCACCUCCCCUUCCAUCAAAAUCUGCACUUGACUCGGCCAAGUCUGUUCAAGAGAAAAGACUUUCUGUCCCACAAUCCUCCAUUGAGCAGAAGGUCAUGCGAGGAAUCCAGGAAAAUGUGCUUAAACUGCAGGAACAAGACCGAGGACAAGCUGCGGAAACGAAACAGAAAGCAUCCAACGGGAUUGCGAGUUGGUUUGGGUUGAAGAAAAGCAAGCUUCCUGCCCUUAGUCGCAAACCAGAAACGUCCAAAAUCAAAUCAAAUACGUCUUCAUCAUCCGCUUCCUCAGGAACCAAAGACAUCUCAGGGGCCAAAGGAGGGUCCAGGAAGGUAGUGGAAAGUUUAAAUAUCUCAAAGCUCAUGGAAAAAGCAGAGGAUUUACGGAAGGCUUUGGAGGAUGAAAGGGUGUAUGUGAAAGGAGUCGGAAUUCCGCUCGAUCGUUCAGCGAGAGGACGCUCGUGUGAAGUUAUCGUGGACCAAACACAAGGUCAAUUAUCGCUGAUGUACGCAGGAGUGACAGGUGACAGCUUCAUGCAGCAGCUGCUGAACAGGGUGGAUGACAGAGGAGCGUCCAAUUUUGGCAUCAUGCACAGGCGUCUUUCCUUCGACUCUAAAAGGUCACGUCCUGUUUUCGGCCAUCAGCAAAGCUGCGUCCGUCAAACCAGGAGCGGGGAGGAGAUAAAAUGUUCAGAAAUGAGCCGAGGCGAUGACGUGACGUCUGACGAGAGCCUGGCCGAGUCCGUCAGCUCGCAGCACUUUAAAGGCUCCAUGCGCACUCUGGACAGUGGGAUUGGGACGUUCCCGCUUCCCGACUACGCCAACAGCGCUGCUGGAAAACUCAACCCUAAGCUCCAGAGCUCGUCUGUUCCUCACCAAGCGGCAAUGAAAGCUCGAAAAACACGAACCCUAGAGGGAGGACUAGCGUCUUUAGACGAAGUGAACACUUCUGUACUCUACACUUCUCCACUAGAGGCCAAGGGGACGAGUGUGCAUCUGUCCAGCACCAUCCAUGAAGACAUUGACGUCUAUGGAGCUCAUUUUCAAGCCCCGCCCACUGCAAACUGGGCGUUUCCCAAACAGAGAGGAUCAGAGGGACAGGCGGAGCCACCGAGCCAACAAACACCAUCAAAGCGGAGUUUGGAUAAAGUUCCUCAGGUUCCUCGUGAUGUGGAACAAAGAAACGUUUCACCGUCAGGAGGACGACGAGGGAAGAGUCGCAGUCACGGAGCCCAGGACACGGUGAAAGACGGAAAUGCAGAUUUAAUGAAGGAACGAAGUGAAGAACUUUUAUCUCCAAAUCGGCCUCAAGUGUCUGAAACCCCGGAAUCCCUCAGCGACUCGCUGUACGACAGUCUGUCCUCGUGCGGAAGUCAGGGGUAAAAAAUAAAUAAAUAAAAAGGAGAAAAAAGUUGAAAAGUGAACUGAUCCUGCUGAACUCAGUUUGUAUUUUGGAACAACUGAAGCUGCAAAAGCAGGAACGGAUCCUUCAGCAGAGCGCUCACGCUAAUGUCUGGUUUUUAUUCGCAUUUUAUAUCAGUUUUGCCUGAAUAAUUCUGAACUGAAAAAAAAAUCAGGUGUGAGAAAAAAGAUCAGCUUCAUUCUGCACUAAAAAAAAAACACACACACACACACACACUCCUUCCUGUCCAUAAACACCAUCCAUGUGUUUUGUUUGAGCAAAAUAUAAAAUAUUCUAGCAUACUUCUAUCCACUGACCGAAAAAACAAACAAACGCAUGACCUUCAGACGGAAAACGGUGAGUAACUAACAGAUCACUGUAAUGAAGGAUGAACACGUCUCUGACUCUUACCUGUGAUUAGCAUCGCAUUAGCAUAAAAUAAUAAAAAAAAAACUACUGUGACCUUUGACAUAUUAUAUUAAAUCCCACAACUUUAAAGGAGUGAGUUCAAGAGAGAGAGAGAGGGGCGGGGCCAGAGCCGAGGGGUGGAGCCAGGUGGGGAGCGCACAGGUAGAGGGGUGGGGCCACAGAUGAGAGGCGGGGCCAAGUGAGUGAGAUAAUAAUGUAUUUGAAAUUAAAAUAAGUAUAAAAAAAUAACUAUAAAAAUUCAAUAAAAUUUCUUGAGAUAUUGAAUUAUUUCCUGUUGUAUCUACAGAACCCUGCUCCUGUCUCACACACACUGCAGACUUCAAUACAUUUUUAUUUAUUACAUUUUUUCCUUUUUCUUGUGUUUAAAUAUUUAUGUUUUUGCCAACGUUGACUAAACUGAACUGUUUAUUGCCGUGUCGUCUCUGCUCCUGUUGUUAUCAAUUUAUAUUAUUUUAUUUAUAUUAUGUUCAUAUGGAUUUGUUCUUUAUAACUGAAUGGACUUUCUGUAUCUCGUGCACUGAAUUUUUCCCUGUGAAUAAUAUUAAUAAUAAUAAUAAUAAUAAUAAUAUUAAUAUUAAUAAUAAUGAGGUUUAUGGUGCUGUGUACAUAAAUAGCAUAGAAGACAAAUUACAAAGCCAUAAAUAAAUAAAUAAAUAAAUAAAUAAAUAAAUAAAAUCUUAUGGACACACUGACGGGUCACUUCAUUUUAAAGUGAAAUGAAGAGAAUUAUUCUGCGUUUUCUCUGAAGACUCUGUUUAUCUGUCAUCUCUCCCUGUUAUUCUUAUUUCUUUAUUAAGUCUUAUUCAUUCUGUCUCCUUUUCUUUCUCCGAUUUAUUUUUAUAUUUAAAUCUUCUUGGGGAAACUUCGAGUUGUUAUUAAGAGCAUUAACACACAAACUCGUUAAUGAAGUAAAGUGUCUGAGUGUUAAAGCGUCGUCUCUCUUCAUCUUCAGUAUAAAU